AUGGAAACGCGAAAAGAGAGCCGAUCGACGACAGAGCUCAUAAGAUUCGACAAGGAUGACUCGCAAACGGAUGAAUUGUUGAUCGUGGUGAACCGCAGAAUGGGUAUCGGCGAGAUUUUGGCGAGACAAGCGAUGGCCUGGUGCCGCUGCUGGCUGCAAACGUUUCCCAUCAGAAUGACGCUGAAUAAUGUCGGAUUGUUGACGGUGUUCCUGGCGUUAGUGUCGCCGCGAUCCCUCAUUUACAGGCUUGUUUAUCCGAUUUUCAGAUUGGUCUUCGGCACUCUAUAUCCGGCGUACGCUUCCUACAAGGCGGUGCGGACGAAGAAUGUCAAGGAAUACGUCAAAUGGAUGAUGUACUGGAUCGUAUUCGCGCUGUUCACAUGCGCGGAAACGUUUACCGAUGUCUUCUUUAGCUUUUGGUUCCCGUUUUACUAUGAGAUUAAAAUCAUCCUGGUGCUGUGGCUGCUGAGCCCGGCUACUAAGGGCUCGAGUAUCCUUUACCGGCGCUUCGUGCAUCCCGCGCUAAUCCGCCGUGAAGCCGAGAUCGACGAAGCUCUGGCACGCGCGACCGAACAGGGUUACACAGCGGUGCUGCAUCUCGGUACCAAGGGCGUAAACUAUGCCACCACGGUCCUCAUGCAGACCGCUAUCAAGGGUGGCGGCGGACUAGUGCAACAAUUGAGGAAAAGUUACAGCCUCAGUGAUCUAACCGGCGAGAAGGAGGACGAAAAUAGAAACACACCCGACGCGCGUGAUGAGACAGAUACGGAAGCGGAGCCUCGUCGAAGAGAGCACGUCGGCAGGAGAGGCUACAGUCCUCGCAGGACCCAGUCCAGCAGCAAUGCGCCUCGAGUAGAUAUGUACUUUUCCGAGGUGGAUGUCGAUGUACGACAACAGAGGCCUAGGGAACCCGUAGCUAGUUUAACAAAUAUAAGGUCCUCGGACGACAUAUCUAGCGGUUACAGCAGCGGCGAAGCGCUGCAGUCCCAGCGCGUGAUCUCUCAGGGUGAUUCCUUGGUGAGAACAUCGAGCGUCGGCGCGAGAACACGCACCAAGCCACGUUCCACCACGAAGAAGACGCCAGAAGACAGGAGCGAGGAUUUCGACCGCAUCGAUUUUCCAUUCCCCGAAAAUAUCUCCCUCCCGUCGUCUCUGAACGUCCUCACUCCCGAACAAGCUGUCGAGCUCUUACUGCUGUUUUCUCAGAGCAAUAAAUUGAGAGAUUGCCCGACUCUCGAAUUUAUUACGACCAGUAUCGACAAGUCCGCGGAUGCAAACCGAGCUGCGAUGAGACUGGAAGACGAUGAAUCAUCGUCGACAGAGUCGGGCGGCGAAUUCGUGGACACGGAUUCGGCUCACGUAGACGUACAAACAGUGCAGACUGUAGAAAUCAAGCAUAUCUCGAUGGAAAAUUUGUCGGUACCAAUAGAUGCAAAGAGCGCGGAUAAGACAGAUGUGGAAAAGGUAACAGAUCUAGAUUUCCGGCAGGAUGAGCCUAAUAUGCAAAUUGCACACAUCGACGACGAGCCGAAAGAUACUCCAACUGUCUCUCUCGAAAAGCCCGACGUUGGUGCCGGUCUCGAUCAGAUAACUGGCGAGAUUUGCCAACAGAAAAUCGACGAGCUGAAGCAAUUAUUGGACGAUGCGCACAGAGCUGUGACGAACAUCGUAUCUUCCCAAGAAAAGUUAAAUGUGAUCGACAAAGGUAAGAAACAUGACACGAGCGAUUCGCCGAGCGUGGAUGCUCGCGAUACUGCGAUCCAGCAUUCUGCUGCAGCGAGUUCGUCCAGUUGCAUCUUCGACGGCGAUAAUCGCGCAGGGAAGUAUCAUAAAAAACCUGCUCCGAAAGCUCCGCUAAAUAACGAAGCGGCAAAUGUAAGUGACGCAGACGGCAUCAACGAGGAUGAGUCCCAAAAUGCUUUGAAAGCUACUUUGGUCAUUAAGACUGGAACGCUGAAGACGGUUUCGAAUCCGAACGCCACGAGAAACAUUUUCCUGGCGCAUACGCCAGAGUCAACGAAGAGAAAAAAGAAAUCCAACAGAUUACGCGCUAAGGAAGGGUUUACUAAAUUAUUAACGAUCCCGAAAAACAUCUUCCAUAACGCUUUUCACAAGGAGCAAAGCGAGGACUCUUCCAAGGAAGAAGAUUCUAGCUCCACGUUCUCUGGGACUAGCGAAUCUGCGUCGAGAUCGGGUAGCAUUGGGUCUCGAGUGUUCAUGGAUGCUUCCACGAAACUGUCCACCUCAAAGCAAGAAGUGGACGUGGAAGAGAUUUUAUUGUGGCCAGAGCAUGAGGAUAAUGCCGAAAAUCUUGACAAAGAUAUCAAUACUUCCAUCGAGAAAUUGGUUACUCAGAUUGUAACUUUGAAUAAAGAUGAGACAGAUCCUGACGAAACUGGAAACGACAGGAAGGAAGAUAUUGCAAAGAAUAAAAAGAAUUUUGAAAAGUGCGUAAAGAAUGUUGAAAAUAAAUCCAACUUUGAGACUCGCGAGAUAUCGCGACCUCGCGAUGGCAAGAAAGAGAUUAUCACCGAUAUUAACUAAGAGUCAUUUUCCUGACUGUCAUCUUAAUCGCAUCAAAUAAUUAUGUGUUUUGCUAUUUUGCCUGACGUUUUCGAGAUAUGAUAGAAGCUUGUUCCUUCUCCUGUUCCAUUCCCUAUAUUUUAUCUUAAUUGGAAAUCUGGACAGAAGAAAUGGACUGAUUCGUUAAGAUCAUAACGAAUUUCGCUACCUUGCCUCGCAGUAAGAAGACUAGCAAGAAAAAAGUGGCAUGAAACCUACCUGCUGCUGACCAUAUUAAGGAAUAAGACCAAGAACCUCUCCUAAUGGAAGUAAAAUAUCUCGGCGUGCGAAUCUCAUUCUGCACGUGCACGUUUUUAACACGCUAUUGGUCAGCAGCGACGUCGAUUUGCCGAAACACGCGAUAUAUACAACUAAAUGUUUCUCUUUAGCACACCAGUGUUUCUUAGUUAGCUUUUGCGACUACUAAUUUCAUUUUCUGACCGUCAAUUUUUCAUACUCCGUGAAUCUUUAUUUAUGUGCAAUGAACACUUAUACCAGAUAUACGUGAAAGAGAGGAAGAGCUGCGAUAGCAACUCUCGUUUCCGAGAGAGCAAGAGACAUAUGGUAUAACACAUUCGUAUCGAACUGCAAUUUCGUCGAAGUCCUGUUACACCAUUGCUCACAGUCACCCGACACGUUGUUAUACAUUCAAUAGUUUCUCAAUAGUACGCAUCUUGAGCCCUCUCUCUCGGUAGUUCAACCUAGCUUUUAUAUGCUAACGUUUGGUAGUGCUGUUGCAGUAGGGAGGACUUGAUACAUAUUGCACACGGUGUGUCUGCUUACAGAUAGACUUUGAUUACGCGUGAUGAUACUUACCCUACCCUCGCCGUAUAGUCGAGUAACUUGUAGAAGAGCUCGUUGUUCGAGGAACUGAAACGAGAAUCAGCACAAUUGCUGGCUCGCAAGACGACAUGGACGACUGACGCGUAAAUAAUAAGCGAAUCCCUACGUCCGCGUAGAGUGACCUCGAUAUCGCGAAUAUUGUUGUAAUCGAACGGAUCGAAUCUAGCCCUCGGAAAGAAGGAGACAGGAUGAGUAGAGACUCAUGGGAGUCAUUGGCCAUACGCCGAAAUAGUGCCACGCGAUUGUCUAUAAUGCUCCUCCUACUCCCUUUUGUUACCAGAUAGUGAUUGUUUGAUGGAUUGUGUCUCGCGUUCAUGAUCGCGUAUGUGCGAGAAUUCGAGUAGCCGUGAAAUUUCAAGUUCGAAAAAGUGACGCAGGUUUCUGAAAGGCAUCAGGAAGCCCCGUGCACGCCUGCGUUUAAGAAGCAACGAUUUGUCUACCAAUUCACGACAAAUUCGGUAGGAAUAUUAACAUAUUGUGGAAAUUUUCAGUUUUUCUACAUUCGUAAAAUGUGAAGAGAUAUACAUACUUUGAUAGAGAGCGUCUUACGGCACUGACUGUAAUCUUAACUUUAUGUCAGUUUCAUCGCUCUCGUAAUUUAACAUGACCUCGCCUGAUAUUAACUCAUGACGAAGUAAUGAUGUACGAGCUAUUUAUUAUGACUAACUUAUGAUUACGUGUAUAAUUAUAUUUCGUAUGCGAUGUUCUUUCAUUACGGCAAGCAAUCUCAUAUCGUACCUCGUUAAGAAGACUUAACGCACAAGUGCUAUGAUUACUUCGAAUUAAUUGUAUGUGUUAACAAAUACGUACAUAUAGUUUAUUGUGCUCUAAUGUUCACACUGUGUAUCAUAGGAAAAAUUAACACGUAUUGCGCAAUUGACGUAAACGUAAAAUAAGAAACGACGCAGGACGUGGCAUUAAUUUAUUAGUUAACUCGAUGCACUAAAUCUGUUAUGCGAUUAACGAUUGUUGGGUUUGCGGUGCAUACGCUUUACGCGAAGUUCACGAUAUAAUCGGCGAAGAAAAAUGUAGCAAAUGCCUUCGAUUCACUUUCGGGAAGUAUAUGUAUAAAUCAUGUAUAAAAACAGAAUACGAAGAGAUGUGAAAUAAUGUAUCAGUAUUAAUGCGGAGCGAAUAAAUUGUGUUUCUCGCUGAAGAAGAUAUAUGUUAUACACGCAUUUGCUGCAUUUUGUCUGUAUCUUCUAACAUAACGUCGUUAAGGAAAGAUGUGCGGGAGACGUUAAAAUUCGUAGCCGUCUCAAACUUUAUAUACACGAGAGCACAUGUGAUACGGGAGUGAGAGAGUGCGAGAAUAAGAAAACAAUAUGCUCAACUAAGACUCUCUACCGGCGUUAAACUGGUCGGUUUCCUAGAUCUUGUAUCUGUAUCUCUUGUUCUUUGUAAGUAUUUAUCCGGCGCAUAAAUUGUGUGUCACGAGCUAUUACGGUGCUGCGAUUUUCAUAAUUUCUUUUACAUAGUUAUGUACCUCGCGACAGUGUUUGAACAAAAAAAACCCGAGUGUGAAGGAUGUACGUUUCAAGCAAUGUUACUUCGCGUCUACGAGUUCUCGGGAAAUUAUACGAUGAUGCGGAGAGAAAAAGAGAGAUCGAUUGACAGUAUUUCAGACAUAUAAUGUAGCGAAUAAAUGACAUUAAAAUAUUAUAUCUCAGUGGAAAA